CCUGGCUUAUCUCUACAGGCAGCUGUGUCGCGGGUGCCAGAGAGGGAGCACAGAGCUGGGGGGAUUUUUGCUACUCCUCCAGAUUUGGUCAUGGGAGUAUAUCCACAUUGGCCGUCCCAUUAUAGUUGGAUAUCAUGGCAUUGAUGGACAGCCACUGCCUGAUGAGCCUCCACGUCUGCUAGGACCACAUCAUGUACGGGGCGUGGACCCUCUAGGCCGUCGGUGGCUAUAUGCUGGUUUAUCUCGCAUGUCAUCCGCUACUGACCUCGGUGUGUACAGGGAUGCAUUGGAUCGGAUGUCUGAGGACCAGAUCACAUGGAUGCCGUAUAGACCUGAUAUGUUAGCAGAGUUGCCCCCAGCUGGACGAGAGCAGACUCACAUAUGGCGAGCACGUGUGCCGCUGAUAUGUUUUGACAUUGUUGAGCUUCAUUUGCCUGAUAGAGUUAUGCGACAGUUUGGGUUUGAGCAGGUCAUUCCACGUCCUAUCGACACUUAUGUAGAGCUGCAUAAGCUGGAUAGGCGUGGGAAGCAUACAGAGGAUUGGGCACUCAGACAUGUCCGAUACGUGACUAUGUGGGAUAGGAGAGCUGAGCUAGCCGUGGCUGGGACACCCACAUAUGUGCCAUCAGUUUCAGGAGAUUACAU